AUGCGCGGAGCCCUGUGGUUCUCCUGGGGCCUGCAUUGGCGGUGCAUCAUGCGCUUUACCUAUUCCAGCGGGCACGUCGUCUUGUUUGGUCGCGCGACUCUCGCCGGCCUUGGCGUCGGAGCCAAACCUGGCCGGCCAGCGGUUGGCAGCGAAUGUUCCAGCAGGUUUGGCUGCCACGCUCACGCUGUCCAGGACGGUCGGUCGUUCGCUGAUGGGCUGCAGCCUGCUGGAGCAUUCGCUCCCAGCCUGCCAGCCUGCCAGCCUGCCAGCCUGCAAGCCUGCCAACAGCUGCCGGCCAGGUUCUGGAACACCAAACUUGCCGAGCUCAACUCCAAGGCUCGACUCCACCGAGCUCGACUUGGCGUCGGCCACAACGCGCCCGCUUCAAUGCUUGCUCUCUCGCCCUUCUCAUGCUCCGAUAACCGCGAGUCCUCAGUCCUCCCCGUGACCCAAUCAAACUCAAUUUGGCAAUGUGCAAUUUUGGGUUUGGCCACGAGGCCAGACUCCAGAGGAGGGCCCCCCAGGCACAAGGAGCACAAGGAGCACAAGCUCACCCAAGAUAUCGUCAUCAAUCAGCUCACAGCCUUCAUUUCCGCACAAACCAUGAGUUUGAGCACGUCCUCAUUGAUGUCAUCGGCGGUUUCCGAGGACCCCGCGUUACGAGUUACGAACCUACUCCGUACGAGGGGAAAGGGGUGA